UUCUCCGUGGAGACGCGCAGACAGGACAGUGCUGCAGCCUUCAGCAGUUCCUGUGGUGACCGUCUCUGUUUUAACCGCCGUCUAACCUGGGUUGGUCUUUCCAGACCUGGAAACAUGGCAGCUUUGACCUUCGACGCCUCCGGAAACAACAACAGUAACUCCAGCUGUUAUGAAGACAUCCAGGACACUUCAGCCCACAUCUUCUUCAUGGUGAUCUACACCCUGGUGUUUCUGGUCGGUUUGUUCCUCAACGGUUUCACCCUGAACGUUUACUUCUUCAGGGGUCAGCGGCACGUGUCCAGCGUCACCAUCUUCCUGAAGAACCUGGCAGCGGCCGACUUCCUCAUCAGCCUCUGCCUCCCUUUGCGAAUUAUGAAGUACGCCAACAUUAAGUCUGAGAUCAUCCGCAAGGUCUACUGCAACUUCGGCGCCUCCGCCUUCUACCUGAACAUGUACCCCGGAGUCCAAAAAUACAACCCUAACCUGAUCCUGGGCAGGGCGGUGCUCACCAGGUGGAUGACUUCAGACCCUGUCAGACUCAGUGAACCCAUACAGCGCUGUAUCCGUGUCACAGAAGUGGCUGCAGACACGGUGGAAAGUGCAGGCUGGGAGAACAUGAGUCCACACUGGAUGAACAUGCUUAGCUUUGGUUUCAGGAGGUACCUGAAGAUCGUCCACCCUUUGGGAAAUCACAUGCUGCAGAAAGUACGAGGUGCUAAGAUAACAUCCAUCCUCACCUGGGUCUUCCUCAUCACUGUGACGAGCUCCUACAUCCUGGUCUCUCUUACAACAGAAAAGCCGGGAAAUGAAACACUAACAAAAGUGAGCUGUGAUGAGAUGCACAGUAAAGAGCUCAACGUGCUUUACAAAAUCAUCCACGUCUUCUCGGCCACCAUCUUUGUAACCGUCCUCGUCUGCCUGGUUUUCUUCUACUACAAAACCUCUCGCAAGCUUUCAGCGGCACAGGAGAAGCAGCCUGCGUCUAUCGGGUCCAAGAAGCUCGCCAGAUCGCGCAGGAACAUGUUGGUGCUGGUCAGCGUCUUCUGCGUCUGCUUCGUCCCCUACCACCUGGUUCGUCUGCCGUACACGCUGGCCCAGACCAAACUCAUCACAGACUGUGAAACCAAGAAGCGGCUGUUUCUGGGGAAGGAGUCCACUCUGCUGCUGAGCGUGCUCCACCUCUGCUUCGACCCGCUCAUCUUCUUCUACCUUAACGCCCCGUUCAGACACACCAUCAGGAAGCUGUUUCCCUGCCUCGGAAACCACGCCAUCAGAGACGCAAAGGAGGAGGCGGCAGAGGAAAUGAUGCAGCCGGCGACCUCUGCACAGCAGGAAGCUGCAUGCUAACCGCACCGUCUCCUCCAGGAUGGUACUUAGCUUAGCACAAUGACUGGAAACGGUUAGCUUAAAAUGCUCUCUUGAAAGACUACAAACAUGGACUAAAGACUUACAGAUGCUCCUCCAUGUGCAACAGGAUUCAACUUGACUUAUUAAACUUAUAGAUUAUUACUCACUGUUCAGUUUUUAUCAGUGUGACUGGUGUUAAUAAAACGAGGACUAACAGGUGAAAUGAUUAAACUCUGUGAUGCUGUUACAUGGACUGUAACUUUAUAUUAUUAUUAAUUCAUAAAGAUGAAGCAAA